GACAUGCGAAACCCUGUAGCAAAUAAAGUUCAUUUACAAACAAAACAUGAAGGUUGUAAUUGCUUGGACUUUAGCUCAAAUUGUCGUGGUCGUUGUGAGGGCCGCGGGCGACGCCAAGUGCGCAGCACUACACGGCACUUGUCAUGAGACGUCGACCGCAUGCGCGGGCCACUACCAGUCAUUGUUGUGCGCCGGCCAUGCCAGCAGGCAGUGCUGUGUGCCGAGCAGCACUCAUGACACAAUAGAAUGUACGGGGACCCAUCGCCAUCACGCCACGGGGACCGCCUACUACCCCGACCCCUCCCCGCUAGAGGGUGGAUACGUCGACAUGCGGGAUUACCCACUACAGACACUUCAGGCAUACCUGGAGGGAACGGCACCGUUCGUGACGGUUGCCAUGGACAACCACGCCGGCAUCGCGUUCGAUUCACGACUUUGUAUCCCAGAACUCAAUCGGAAGUACGGGCGUUUCAUCGACUUCCGGGUACGUGACACGGGCAGCGCGUUCACGAACAAGGGGUACUCCCGGAUCGACAUAUGCGUGCGCACCAUCCACGACUCGUACGACAGCACGAUUAACGGAGGCCUAACACUCGUCUUCCAUUAACGCAUGCACGAGUGGACAUGCCCGUAGACGUCAUCUCCUUGCAUUGAUAAUAUACCAAACUGUUUAUUUUAUUUUCAAUAUUUUGUUGACAUAUUUCACUCAAUUUUCCUUUUGUAUAAAUGCAAAAAUAAUCUUAGGUCGCAAUGAAGUAAAGCUCUGUGCAUAUUAAUAUAAUAAAGUGUAAAGCUGGA